AUGGCAGCAGUAGACGAUGGAUCGACAGAAGAAAGGGUUAUCAACGAGGAGUACAAAAUAUGGAAGAAGAACACACCUUUCCUCUACGACAUGAUCAUGACGCACGCACUCGAGUGGCCCUCACUCACUGUGCAAUGGCUUCCUGAUGUGCAAAAAGCUGAGGGGCAGGACUACACAACUCAUCGCUUAAUCCUUGGAACACAUACUUCCGACGAACAAAAUCAUUUGGUUAUUGCUAAGCUUUUACUCCCAACCGACGACGCACAAUUUGAUGGUAGCAAGUAUGACAGUGAACGGAAUGAGUAUGGUGGUUUUGGAGCGGUCACGGGAAAAAUCGAACACGAGAUUCGUAUCAAUCAUGACGGAGAGGUGAAUCGUGCUCGUUACAUGCCACAGAAUCCACACAUUAUUGCCACGAAAUCUCCAAGCGCUGAUGUAUUCGUCUUUGAUUAUACUCGCCAUCCUGCCAAUCCAACAAAUGAUGGUCAAUGCAAGCCGCAACUGAUCCUCCGUGGACACUCUCGAGAAGGAUAUGGACUUUCUUGGAAUCCAAACGUGAUGGGCAAUCUACUUUCAGCCAGUGAUGACACGACGGUUUGCCUCUGGGAUGUUGCCGGUGCUUCUUCAACUGGAACCGGAACCUACGUCGAUGCAAAGAGCAAAUUUGAGGCACAUACUGCGGUUGUUGAAGAUGUCGCUUGGCAUGUACUUCAUGAAGCAAUUUUUGGAUCAGUUGGUGAUGACCACAAGCUUAUGAUUUGGGAUACUAGAAACAACACUAAUCAAAAGCCAUCUCAUGCUGUGGAAGCUCAUACAGCUGAAGUAAACUGCAUUGCCUUCAAUCCAUUCUCGGAGUACAUUCUGUGCACUGGAUCUGCAGAUAAGACGGUUGCUUUGUGGGACUUGCGAAAUUUGAAGAACAAAUUGCACUCAUUUGUGUCGCAUCGUGAUGAAAUCUUCCAAGUGCAAUGGGCACCUCACAAUGAGACGAUUCUCGCAUCAUCCGGAACCGACCGCCGUGUUCAUGUUUGGGAUCUUAGCAAAAUUGGAGAGGAGCAAACGCCUGAAGAUGCAGAGGAUGGACCUCCGGAGUUGCUCUUCAUUCAUGGUGGUCACACGGCAAAAGUGAGCGAUUUCUCAUGGAAUCCCAAUGAACCUUGGCUUAUUUGUUCAGUGGCCGAGGAUAAUGUCAUGCAGGUCUGGCAAAUGGCCGACAACAUCUACAACGACGAUGAUACUGAUGAGCCAACGCCGACUGAAACC